AUGAGAGAAGUCAUUCGUGUUAGAGACUUUCCUCAAAGUAAAGUACAAGAAAUUUCUGACGCAACAGGUAUAGCAUUUAAUGUUACCAUUGGUUAUUUCAAUGACUCAAGACAUAAUGAAAUAAAGAGAUAUAUACCAAAAGAAUGCGAAACUGUUAGAACUAUUGACUUACUUCUUGUUGAAGACCACUACAUGCUAAAUGAAAGAUUACCAAUGACAACAUACUUCAUUCGAAACUAUAAAGAAAUUCUCAAAGCUUGUGGUGGAAUGAACAUUGAGAAACAGAUGAAGAUUUAUACAAAGAGAGAAGAUAAAUAUGUAGUUCGUUAUGAUAGAACAACACCGUUAUGGGAUGUUAUGAAAACAUUGUGGGAGUGCAAAUAUUUCGAACCUAUUUCUUAUGGAGAACUUUUCACAUAUACUACUGACUUAUAUAAACAGAACCUUGCACCAUUUAAAGAUUUGACAUAUGCUCCAAAGUAUUGUGUACAACUGAAGAAGAAAGCAGAGUCAAAAGAAGUAAAUAAAGCUAAAUGUAAAUUCAUACCUGAGCACGUUUUCUUUGCUGACUUUGAGUGUAGUACGGAUGGCUUUCAUAAAGCUUUUAACAUCUGUUAUGACAGUGAAGAUGGUUCAGUUAGUGAAAGCAUUUGGGGUCAAAACUGUGCAACAGAAUUUUUGGAAAGACUUCCUGACAAGAGUUUAAUAUAUUUUCACAACCUCAGUUAUGACAUAAACUUCAUCUUAAGACACAUGACAGAAGUGAAAGGAACUCCCAUCAUUAAAGGUUCACGAACAAUGCAAAUAACUGGCUUAUAUAAAGGACGGGCAAUUAUUAUAAAAGACUCUUACA